UCCAGGGUGACGAGGCUGCUCCCUCUCCUCCCCCGUGCAGUUAAGCCAGACCCUCCAGAGGGCUUGGUGGUGGAGCCCAUCCCCCUGGCCCCACGGCGGCUCCAUGUGAGCGGGAAGUACCCCUCCUCCUGGCCCAAGGAACCCCACUUCCAGCUUAGGUUUCGGCUCCAGUACCGGCCCAUCAUCCACCGCUCCUGGUCCAUGGUGGAGACGGUGAACCUCUCUGAGGUGAUCACGGAUGCCUUCGCUGGGCUGGAGCACGUGGUCCAAGUCAGUGCCAAGGAUUUCCUGGAUGCAGGGAACUGGAGCGAGUGGAGCGCCGAGGCCCGGGCAACACCGGUCAGAGACCUGGCUACCGCGGCAAGUGAAGAAACCACUACGGAUGCCAGCCUGGAGACCCUGGUCGAGGAGCCCUCCCAGGCGCCCAACCCUGAGCCCAUCAACCACAGUGACCCCCUGGAGAAGACAGCCGUCCUGGUGUCCCUUGGGAUCUUCUCCUUCUUCGUCCUGGCUGCUGUUCUUGUCGUCACCAUCCUCAUCUGGCUCCGGAUGAGGAAACAUGGCAAGGACAAGACCAAACCCCACAACUUCUUGGUUGCUGCCACCCACUUGAAGGCACUGCCGAGUGAGUCAGG